UCUUUUUCUGUGUAAUGUCGGUUCAAGUUUUUUAAACUUGACAUCGCCUUUGAUGGCGGCAGAACCAGAAUUAGGUUUUCACUUCCCAAUCUCCGGAAAACGAAUAACAAAUCAGAUUGAGUCAGAAGUCUUUCAUUUUUGAUUAUUGAUUUCUCUUCUCUUCUCCCGGCAGAGACAGAGAAGAGACGAUCCUUUUUUUUUGUUUUUGUUUAUCUAGGGUUUUUAUAGAGAGGGGUCUCAGAGAUCUAUGCAUUUUUAGUUUUGUAAAAAUGAGUAUGCAAAUAGAACCAGUAAGAGGUGUAGCUGGUGUUGUAAAUCCUGGUGGUGGUGGUGGUGUUAGUGAUGGUGGUGGAGUGAGAAAGUAUCAUCAACAACCACAUUCACAGAUCGGAACUGUUUCUCACUUGUUAGCUGGUGGUAUUGCUGGCGCUGUUAGUAAAACUUGUACUGCUCCAUUUGCUCGUCUCACUAUCCUUUUCCAGUUGCAAGGUAUGCACUCAGAUGGUAAGGCAUUGAGCAAAGCUAGUAUUUGGAAAGAGGCGUCACGAAUAGUAUCACAAGAAGGGUAUAGAGCAUUUUGGAAAGGGAACCUUGUUACAAUUGCUCAUCGUUUACCUUAUUCUUCAAUCAGUUUCUAUUCUUAUGAGCGUUACAAGAAGUAUCUAGAGACGGUUCCUGGAUUGGAAAGCCAUAGAAAGAGUGUUGGUGCAGAUAUUUCUGUUAAACUUGUAAGUGGUGGUUUAUCUGGAAUAACGGCAGCAUCACUUACAUAUCCAUUGGAUCUUGUUAGGACACGGCUUGCUGCUCAGACAAAUGCAAUUUACUAUCGGGGUAUGUGGCAUGCACUUCGUACCAUCUCCAGAGAAGAGGCUGCGUUUGGCCUGUAUAAAGGUCUUGGAGCAACGUUGUUGGGUGUCGGACCUAGUUUAGCUAUCAGCUUUGCAGUAUAUGAAACGUUGAGAGCUUCAUGGCAGUCAUUAAGGCCCCAAGAUUCUACAAUAGGCAUCAGCUUAGCUUGUGGCAGUAUAUCAGGCAUAGCAUCAUCAACAGCAAUAUUCCCUCUGGAUCUUGUGAGGAGGCGGAUGCAGGUGGAAGGCGCUGGUGGGACAGCCGCUGUCUAUAAAACAGGCCUUUUCGGGACACUGAGGCAUAUAAUGCGCACAGAAGGUCUCUCUGGUUUGUACAGGGGGAUAUUGCCUGAAUACUACAAGGUUGUUCCUGGUGUGGGGAUUGCAUUCAUGACUUACGAGACAAUAAAAAUGUUUCUUUCAAAAUCUACUUGUGCGGAUGCUGUUUAGGCCUUGUUGGGCCGAGUUUCUUUUACCAUACGUUUGUAGAAGAUAGAUCUAAUAUAACUAGAUAGGUAAGCAGAGAAAAGUAUUUUUGUAGUCCUGCCAAAAAUCUCCUGGGGUAACCUUUGUACUACUAUGUCGAACAGCAUUUUUCCUUGUACAUACGAUUUUGAUAGAGAGCUCGGUUGAAUCACAUUUCAAGUGCUUAUAGUUGGUUACUGUUUCCUCA